AUGUCAGAGGGAUAUACCGAAAAAAAACAAUCCCCAUUAAAAGCAACUAAAGACAAUGGUAUGAGACUUGAAACAACAUUAGAGGAAAAAAAAACCAAUCCUUUAGCAUUAUUAAAUCAAAAAACUGAUACCAAUAAUAUUUAUCAGAAUAGUAAUGGUAAUGUUAAAAAGGACGAAGGUGAAUUGUUUGGGGGGAAAGUAGCAGAUAAAAAAGAUCAAUUAGGUUCUAAAGAGAUGGGAGGAAAUGCUGAUGAAGAAAAGAAUAAUCAGGAAAAAAUGGGAAUAGAAAAAAGUGAUAAAAACGACGAUACUUCAAAGGAAAAGGAGGAUAGUAGUGAUGCUGAGGAGAAGGUAGAGGAUAGUGAUGAAGAUAGUGAUGAGGAAGAGGAAGAGGAAGAGGAAGAGGAAGAGGAAGAGGAAGAGGAAGAGGAUAAUGAACCACCUAUUAUGAAAUAUUCAAGAAUAAAAAAACUUCCAGAAACUAUUUUAAAAAGAGAUACAAUCUCAUCUUGUUUAUUUCACGAAAAUUUAUUUGCGUUUGGUACAAAUGCAGGUGUUUUGCAUUUAAUGAAACCAGGCACCUUUGAGCCCAUAAGAACAUUUAAGUGUCAUAGAGGUCCUAUUAUGAAUAUUUUUACAGAGGGUGAAUAUUUUGCUACAGCUUCUAUCGAUGGAACAAUUAUUGUUGGGUCCUUAGAAAACCCUACAUCCCUUGUCGCUUAUGACUUUAAAAGACCAAUGAACUUUGUAGUACUUGAUCAUAAUUAUGAAGUUACAAAAAAAUUAAUAGCUGGUGGUAUGUCUGGAGAAGUAACCUUGUUAACUAAAAAUUGGCUAGGUGCGCGUACAGACAUAACAAUUGAGUCUGGUGCAGGCCCUAUAGUGGGAAUUUAUUUGGUUGAUGAUAUUUUAUUUUGGAUGAAUGACAACGGUAUUACAUUUUUUAGUGCGUACUCAAGAACGAAGCUUCUUAAUAUACCAUUUCCCUAUUCGUCUGAUAUUGUUCGGCCCGAUUUGCAUUGGCCAUGUGUUCAUUUUCCUGAAACAGAUAGAAUUAUAAUCAGUUGGGUUGAUCAUAUUUGGUGUUUCAAAGUUGAACUUCUAAGAAACUCUGAAAGUUCUUUAUCUGUUUCGGGAAACGGUGGGUUAGGUUCUAUUAUUUCCAGUGCAGCGUCUAGUUUAAGGACAGUUUCCGAUAAAAAAAUUGAAUUAGAGCACCAUUUUCAAUUGGAAUUGGCACAGGAUGAGGUGGUAACCGGAAUUAGUUCCUUUAAAAAUGACGAAUUAAUAUAUUUAUCAGUUGUCAGUGAAUCACCGCCAGAAUUAAAAAUUGCUGAUUUCACAACUGGAGAAGAAAUAUCAUCCGUUGAAAUACCAAUUAAAAACUAUAAAAUGUUGAAUCCAAUAGACUAUCAUUUAGGAAAGUACAUUGGGGCCAUGGGAACGGCUUCAUAUUAUAUUUUAAGUUGCACAGAUUUUAUUGUGGCUAAACAACUAUCACUUGAGGAUAGGUUUGACUGGUACGUGGAAAGAAAAAAAUAUUUUAAAGCCUGGGAAAUGGGAUUUGGUGUUGAUGCUGGAAGACGAUUUGAGGCUGGAUGGAAAGUUAUUGAAGAACAGUUAAAAGCUGUUACUGGAAGGCCCAAUAAUUUAGAUUUAUGGGGGGAUGCAUUAAAGUAUUCGGUUAUCAUCUUUGAAAAUAGUUUACAAGACAGUCCGCAUUCCAUGGAGGGAUUGCUAUUAACUAAAUGGCAAGAGGUAAUAAAUACUUUUAUCGACCAUGGACAAGUUAAUAUUAUAGCACCUCAUAUACCCUAUGAAUAUUGUAUGGCAUCUAGUAUAUAUACUAAAGCUUUAAAAAGUUUUUUGGAGGAAAAAGAAUAUAGUGCUUUCCAUGACUACAUUAUUAAAUGGGCCAAUGGUAAAACGUAUGACAUAGACACUGUUAUAAAUUUUUUAUUAGAAAUGGGGGAUAAAUUAUCAGUUUGUUUGAAAAAAGAUCUUAGUUUCCUAUAUUUGGAAAAAAAGGACUAUCUAAGUGCUACUAAUAUUCUGUUAGCAAUAAGGGAUGUUAAAGCGCUUGAUAUUUUGUUGAAGCAGAAUAUUUUUGCCAAUUUUUCGCAUAGAAUACAUGAUAUCGCAUUAUUACCAGUAAGCUGUGAUGAAUCAGAAAUGGGAAUCAAAGCAAUGACGCAGGAAGAAAUUGAAAUAGUCUUUGCCAAACCUUUGAAGCUUUUUUUGGAAAAUAGAUACUCGAUUCCGAUAGAUAAUUUCAUAAAAGAAUUGAAAAAUGAUCCCAAGACCUGUGGAGUUCUAUUUUGUUUACUAGAAAAAAUAUCCCAACUGGACCCAUUGUUAACUGCAAACGUGGAAGAUACAAUUGUGGAAUUAUAUACAGAUAAUUUGGUGCCAGAACAUUCUAGGUACAAUAAUUCGAGCAGCAAGAAUAAACACGGCACUGUUGGUCUAAGUGAGCACGAUUCUUCUUUUUUGCAAUUUUUGAAAUCACACAAGAAUUACAAGAUUGAGAAUGCCUUGAAACUUUGUGAAAGCUCGAAGCCCCCAAAAAUUAAUGAGCUGAUAUAUUUACUAUCGAAGCUUGGAGAAUGGGAAAAAGCGUUAAUUUUACUACUAGAUAACUUAAACGAAGAUCCCAAAUCUGCCAUAGCUUUUGUUAAGGACCAUUCAAGUUCGAUGAAGGCUGAGGGUGGGAGUUAUACCAAGUAUAAUCGAGACAAAAUAAUGUCGCUAUGGGAGGUGUUGAUAGAAUAUAGUUUGGAUAAGCCUGAAUUUGUUAAAGAAAUGUUGGUUUAUUCAGACGUUACUGAUUUUGAUGAGAUUGAUAAUGAGGCCAGAAUGCUUUUAAUCAGUAAAUUAAAUCCAAAUUUGAAAAUACCAGGUUUAAAGGAAAUUCUACACGAUGUUUUAACUGGAAAUUAUUUGAGUCAUGAGGUUGAUUUAAGUGUGUUAAAUAUUGUAGAAGACGAGGCCAUGUCUGUUGCAGAGCAAUAUUUAAGUGUAAGGGAAAGGGGCAAAUGUUUCAACUAG